CGGUCAAUGACGAGUUACGCUCCCGCGCUGGAGACAGACAUUCGGGGGCCGAGGGGCGCCGGCGGCAGGGAAGCAGCGCACGAAGCGGCGGCGGCAGAAGCAGCUCACUUCCUGGGCACUCGUAAGUUCGACCGGUAGAUCCUCCGCGUUCCGCCAAGGCAGGAAGGCAGGAAGGCAGGCAGCGCUUCACCUGCCGGUUUCUCUUCCUUCCUUUCUAGAGCAGAGGGACCGAGGACUCCGCGCCUGCGAUCCUAGGCUGGAUGCGCCGCUGCCGAAGCCCCAGACUGCAGCCAUCGGGAGCCUCGGCUUUUUUGGUUUUUUGUUUAAAGUUGCGUCCAGGGAGAUCGGCGUUAUCAUUCCGAAGUCCGGAGAAAGCCGGCCUCGCUUCGCCACCCAGACGAGAAGAUCCCCUGGCCACGCCUCGACCCACUACGGAUGGCCCUCUGAAAUGAGCCAGGUGGCAAGGAAGGAGGGCGUGGGAAGCCCCGGGCGCGGCGAGCGGCCGGCCGCGGCUGGAAGGCAGCGAGGUAGCGAGUAAACAGGGGGCGCCAGGCCCCGCUCGCUCUCCUUUCGGCAGCCUCUUCCAUUUCGGCGGAGAUGAGCGGCUGGGCAGGGCUGGCCGGGCUCCUCCUGGCCGUGGCUGGGGCUCAGAAGCAACUGCUGGCGCCGCCGACUAGCCUUCGUCCUGCCGCCGCGGAACACGCCGCUCAGUUCGACCACGUCUUCAACGGGACGGUCAACCGAGGCACGGAGCGGCUGUACUCCUUCAACUACACCAGUAAGGCGGGCCAGGUGGAUGCCCUCCGUGUUACCGUGAAGAGUGACUCUGAAGAUGAUCAGUACCCUGUCUUGUUUGUAGUUCGGCAACAAAAGGGGGUGCUGUCCUGGCAGCUCCCUCUCAUUUUUCAUGGGCUCUACCAAAGAAGUUACAACUACACAGAAGUCAGCCGUACCCUCUGCCCCUCUGAAUCUGUACCUGAGAAUGGAUCUUCCGAGCAAAUCGUAUUUAUAAAUGUAGCUUCCAUGGCUCCUUAUAAUGCCCACUAUCAGCUGCAAGUUACCAAAAUUAAGAACUUCCAACUUAGCAUGGACACUACUUUUACAUUCACUGCCAGCCCCUCUCAGCCACAGUACUUUUUGUACCAGUUCCCUCCUGAUGUGGAUUCUGUCAUAGUCAGAGUGAUUUCUAAGACAAUCUAUCCCUGCUCUGUGGUCUCCAUCCAAGAUAUUGUGUGUCCAGUUUAUGAUUUGGAUUAUAAUGUGGAAUUUAAUGGAGUUUACCAAUCCAUGACAAAGCAGGCAGCCCUCACUGUGCAGAAAAAGGACUUCCCAAGCAAACAGUUUUUUGUUGUAUUUGUCAUAAAGCCAGAGGACUAUACCUGUGGUGGUUCAAGUCCACCCUCCAUUCAAGGAAAAACUAACUACACAUGGAACCUUCAACGAAUGAAGCAUCUUGAAGUGACAGUGUUACCUUCAGUUAAAGGCACUGUUUAUAUACAUGCCAUCCUUUUCAGUUUUCUGGCUUUCUUCUCCUUCUAUCUGGGUGCACUAGUGGUUGGAUUUGUCCAGUACAUCAGAUUUCGUAGGAAAACAUCAAUAGGAAGACUUGAUGAUGGUCCUGGGACUAUGGCUUCUUCUCAUCCUAUCACUGCCAGCACCCCUGAAGGAAGCAGCUAUGGAGCUAUAGAUGAAUCAAGCUCCAGUGGAGGUCAAGAAUUAUCAACUCUAGAUCGUAGGCCUCCUUGUGGCAGUGAUACAGACAGCUCAGUGGAAGAGGAGAGUGAUUUUGACACUAUGCCUGAAAUUGAAAGCAACAAGAAUGUAAUCCGCACUAAGAUGUUCCUUUAUCUGUCAGACCUAUCCAGAAAGGAUCGGAGAAUUGUCAGCAAAAAGUAUAAAAUUUAUUUCUGGAACAUCAUCACAAUUGCUGUUUUCUAUGCCUUACCUGUGGUCCAGUUGGUGAUCACAUACCAAACGGUGGUGAAUGUAACUGGAAAUCAGGACAUCUGUUAUUACAACUUCCUUUGUGCUCAUCCGCUGGGAGUCCUGAGUGCUUUCAACAACAUCCUGAGCAACAUUGGCCACAUGCUGCUGGGUGUCCUUUUCCUGUUGAUUGUGUUGUGCAGAGACCUUCUCCAUCGGCGUUCCUUGGAAAUGAAAGACACCUGUGCAAUGGAAUAUGGGAUCCCUAAGCAUUUUGGCCUCUUCUAUGCCAUGGGUGUCGCUUUAAUGAUGGAAGGUGUCCUUAGUGCUUGCUACCAUGUCUGUCCAAACUACACUAAUUUCCAGUUUGAUACCUCUUUCAUGUAUAUGAUUGCAGGAUUGUGUAUGCUAAAACUAUAUCAGACUCGCCACCCCGACAUCAAUGCCAGUGCUUACUCAGCCUAUGCAUCCUUUGCAGUGGUUAUUUGCCUUGCUGUACUUGGAGUGGUUUUUGGGAAAAAUGUGUGGUUUUGGGUCCUCUUCUCCAUCAUCCAUGUUGUGGCCUCUCUUGGUCUUAGCACCCAGAUUUACUACAUGGGUCGUUUUAAGAUAGACCUUGGGGUUUUUCGACGUAUAGCUAUAGUAUUGUACACAGAUUAUAUACAACAAUGCAGCCGACCCAUGUACAUGGACAGAAUGAUUUUGCUUGUUGUUGGGAACCUGGUUAAUUGGUCUUUUGCAAUUUUUGGACUAGUAUAUCGGCCAAGGGAUUUUGCUUCUUACAUGCUUGGCAUUUUUAUCUGCAAUCUUUUGCUAUAUCUUGCCUUCUAUGUCAUCAUGAAGCUCCGCAGUUCAGAAAAGCUAUUGCCUUUCCCCCUCUUUUGUAUUGUGGCCACAGCUGUGGUUUGGGCUUCAGCUCUUUAUUUCUUUUUCCAGAACCCCAGUAGCUGGGAGGAAACUCCAGCACAGUCUCGUGAAAAAAACCGACCAUGUAUCCUUCUGGGAUUCUUUGAUGAUCAUGAUAUCUGGCACUUCCUCUCAGCUGCUGCCUUGUUCUUUUCAUUCUUGGGCCUGCUGACCCUGGACGAUGACUUGGAUUCUGUGCCAAGGAACAAGAUUCCUGUCUUUUGAGCUACAGGAUAAGAACAGUGGUUCGUGCUUCUCAGUGAAAUUUGCUAUGUGGAGAAGUCAGAAUGGAGCACCAAGUACACAUUGGAAAAAACCUUAUUGGAAACAAUUCCCAUAUAGAAAAAAAAUGUAAAAAUCAUGUCCUCAACAUCAGCUGGAUCAGAUCUAUAGUAUAAUAAUGCAUUAUAUUGAGACUAAUCAAGCUGGGAUAUUCAUAAGGCUCUCUGAGGCCAUUCUUCACUUUCUUAUAAUGGGGUUUAUUCCCAGCAUUGUAGUUUCUGAGUUUGUAAUUUACCAAAUGCACAUGGAAUCAUUGCCCUUUUGGCUACAGCGGAACCUUGGUAUUCAAUUGCUUUGAAACUCAUUGAAUUUGGUAUUCAAUGCAUUUUGACACAUUUUUUGUCGCAGUACUCAUGUUCGUUUGGUACUUGAUGCACAAGCUAGAACUUGUUGGGGUCAGUUACUUUGUGACUCACUAUAUUAUUCCUUAUGGGAGAAAUUUGUUUGGUACUCAUUGUGUUUGGUACUCAUCAUGUCUCCCGGAACCAAUUAAAGAUGAAUAUGAAGGUUCCACUGUACUUCUGUUCUGUUGCUUGAUUAGUCAGAAUUACUUUAUGCAAUACUGAAAUAUGGCAGAGAUCCUUAUGUGAAGCAUUUUGCAACUGUUGCAUUUACUACAUAAAAUGAUAGUAACUCAUUCUUUUUGUACUGGAAGACACAUUGGAGAAUAACACCAUCCCUUUUCUUCCUAUAGUACACUUUAGACAAUGUGAAUAGUGCAACCCGCCUCCUUUUCUUUGUACAAAACAGACUUUCCUUGCUCAGCUGGAAGGUGCUUUUCCUCUCCAUGAGACUGUCAUAUGCAUUAUAUUAUUUCUUUUAAUUUAUGUUUGUUCUCAGACAGGUAAUCCAGAUGCAGUAUUACAAUGCUACUUACUCUUGCUAGUCAUCUAUCACUAUUGCUAGUAGCGAAUUAUUUUCUGAUAAUCUACAGUCUCUUAUUUGCUGUUCAUUUAAACUCGUGCAAAAUAACUGUUAAGUGGGUAAGACAGAAAAGAUCCAAUUGUCUACCCUAUUGCUUAAUCCCAGAAUUAUAUUCAGGGGAUGCUGUGUAGAUGUUUGUGCCAUGCUUUGCUAAAUUUAAAUUAAAGCAUGUCUCAGUAUUAUCAACUUGAAUUACUUAAGAUGUUUGUUAACCUUUAAGUAUAUUUGGACUUUCUCUUAAUGAUUGUUUGGCAGUUAAUGACAGCCCAAUUGUCUUAUCAAUUCACUUCGGUUAAAAAAAAUACUAAACACUAGAAUUCUGCAUCUGCUUUUCUCUAGGUUAAACCUGCUGUAUAUUUAAAGGAAAUCUAAGAACAAAGGAGACUUUUUUUCCCCAUCCGGAGGUCUUUUAUGCAUGCCUCGGUAGUGUUUUGCAUCGGAUUCCAAAAGGGUGCGAGAAUGUGCAGGAGUCCUAAUGUAGCACUUCAGCAAAAGAACCAUAUCUUUUCCAAUGCAUGCUUUGGGCCAGUGCGCUUUUCAAACUUGACAACUUUAAAAUGCCUAAACUUCAACUCCCAGAAUUCCCAGUUUGCAUCUUAAAGUUGCCAUGUUUGAAAAACACUGUUCUGGGUCUCUUUUUGGAAUCAAGCCAAAGCACUACACAGUCUAAAAACAAUGUACUCCAAGUCACAUUUUCUAAAAAUGUAGCAUCUCCAAAUGUCUUUUCCUAUCCCUAAGCAACUUGCUGAUGAAUAGAUCUGAAAACUACCAGCAAGCUACUGUCUUUGCAUAGCAGUCAAAACAAUGCUCUGAACCACUAUUGACAACAUUCUGUGUGGUGUCCAAGAAUCAGUCUGGCUAUUUUGAGGUUCUCGCUAUGGCUGAGCAGGUGGACAAAUGAAAUUGGAACAAAUUAGUGGGAAACCACAGACAGAAUUGCUGGACUUUUUAGUUGUUUACCUUCUUAAAAAUUACAAUCUUAAACUUUGGGUAUUUAAAUAUAAGAUAAUUGGUUUUGCUUUUUGUUUUUCCUGCAGAGGAAGAAUUACAAAGCACAAGCAGAACACAAAAUGAUAGUGCACAAACUGUACAUGUUUAAAAAUAAAAUACUAUUUUGUUUAUAUCUAUACAAUGUUUACAAUCAAUAUAAUUUUACAUUUAAUAAAAAUCUGAGAAUUUUUUUAAAAAAAUCAAUGUUGCAGGUAUUUACAUACAAAUGCAUUCAAUUUGUAAAAAGAUGUUAAAAUAAAAAAAAAUAUUUACAAUAAUAAACCUUCCGUACAAGUUUA